UCGAAUUUGCUGCUCUCUGAGUUUUCGGGCCCGGGGCUGACACAUGGGGUUCUGCGACUAGUUCCUGAGCCAGCGGGCAGCCGCGGCCCGGCACGAGCCCUCCCUGCCCUGAUACCUUGGGGUGAGGGCAAGGAAGCCUCGGUUGGAGAAGGGAAAAGCCGGUGCCUCUUGCUAAGAUGAGCACCCACCGUUCCUCCUUGCCUGUUGGCCCCGAACGCCGAGUGCGGAGCACCUUGAAGAAAGUCUUUGGGUUUGACUCCUUUAAGACACCUUUGCAGGAGAGUGCAACCAUGGCUGUAGUGAAAGGUGACAAGGAUGUCUUUGUGUGCAUGCCCACAGGGGCAGGAAAAUCCCUCUGCUAUCAGCUCCCUGCCCUGUUGGCCAAAGGCAUCACCAUCGUCAUUUCCCCCCUCAUUGCUCUGAUUCAGGACCAAAUGGACCACUUGCUGGCCCUGAAGGUCCCCGUGCGCUCCCUGAACUCGAAGCUUUCGGCACAGGAGAAGAAGGAGCUGCUCUCUGACCUGCAGCAAGAAAAGCCCCAGACCAAACUCCUGUACAUCACCCCGGAGAUGGCCGCAGCAGCCUCCUUCCAGCCCACCCUCGACUCCCUGCUGUCCCGCCAGCUGCUCUCCUGCCUGGUGGUGGAUGAAGCGCACUGCGUUUCCCAGUGGGGCCACGACUUCCGUCCUGACUACCUGCGGCUGGGCACACUGCGCUCCCGCCUGUCACGUGCCCCCUGUGUGGCACUGACCGCCACCGCCACCCCCCAGGUCCAGGAGGACGUGUUUGCUGCCCUGCACCUGAAGCCCCCAGUGGCCACCUUUAAGACUCCCUGCUUCCGGUCCAACCUCUUCUAUGAUGUGCAGUUCAAGGAACUGCUCUCCGAUCCCUACGAGAACCUGAAGGACUUCUGUCUGAAGGCCCUGGGGCAGAAGGCCGACAAAGGGGUUUCUGGCUGUGGCAUUGUGUACUGCAGAACCAGGCAGGCUUGCGACCAGCUAGCCAUCGAGCUCAGCUAUCGUGGCGUGAGCGCCAAGGCUUACCAUGCAGGGCUGAAGACCCCGGAGAGAACGCUGGUGCAGAACGAGUGGAUGGAGGAGAAAGUCCCUGUAAUUGUUGCCACCAUUAGUUUCGGGAUGGGCGUGGACAAGGCCAAUGUCAGGUUUGUCGCCCACUGGAACAUCGCCAAGUCGAUGGCGGGGUACUACCAGGAGUCUGGCCGGGCCGGCAGGGAUGGGAAGCCUGCCUGGUGCCGUCUCUAUUACUCCAGGAGCGACCGGGACCAGGUCAGCUUCCUGAUCAGGAAGGAAGUAGCCACACUCCAGGAAAAGAGGGGGAACAAGGCGUCCGACAGAGCUGCCAUCGCAGCCUUUGAUGCCCUGGUGGCCUUCUGUGAAGAACUGGGGUGCCGCCACGCAGCCAUUGCCAAGUACUUCGGGGAUGCGCCCCCCGCCUGCCCCCGGGGCUGUGACCACUGCCAGAACCCCACAGCCGUGCAGAGGCAGCUGGACUCCCUGGGGCGCAGCGCCAGCUGGAGCAGGACCUGCAUCCGGCCCUCGACCUCGGGCAAUGGCUUUGACCCCGAGUUGUACGAGGGUGGUCGCAGGGGCCACGGGGGCUUUAGCAGGUAUGAUGAAGACAGCGGUGGCAGCGGGGACGAGGCCCAAGACCAGGCCCGCAAGCGGGAAUGGAGUGUCUUCUACCAGAAGCAGAUGGGGCUGCGAAAGGCCAAAGGCCCCGAGGUGGAAGAGUUCAUGCCCCCAGAUGAUGACUGUCCCCUGAAAGAGGCUGCCAGCAGGAAGAUCCCCAGGCUCACUGUCAAGGUAAGGGGUGGGAGACCCGUCUUCACUGCCCUGGCCAGCACUGCAGCCUGUGUGACCCGCCCCUCUCCCUCCCAGGCCCGGGAGCACUGCCUGCGGCUCCUGGAGGAGGCCCUGAGCGGGAACCACCCAGCCACAAGUGCCUCUGAGAGAGCUGCCAUCCAGGCCCGGGCCGUGGCGCUGGAGCAUCAGGCCUUCCGGAACGCCAAGGUGGCCAACCUGUACAAGGCCAGCGUGCUGAAGAAGGUGGCUGAGAUCCACAAAGCCACCAAGGAGGGGCAGCUCUACGACAGCAUGGGAGGCAGGGCUGAGAGCAGCGAAGCCCAGGCCGGUCCCCCGGCGCCCAGUGAGCAUGACAUCCUGCCAGCCUCCCAGGUGUACUCGCUCAAAGCCAAGCGGGUGGGAGCUGGCUUCCCCAAAGGGUCCUGCCUGUUCCAGACAGCCACGGAGUUGAUGGAGAGGACUCUGGCCGAGAGGUCAGGGCCCCCACUCCUGCCGGGGGACCCAGAAGAGUCCCCCCCACAGAUGCACAGCUGCCGGGAGGAGGGCAGGGCCGAAAUGCAAGGAGCAGACCCCAGAGGCGGUGAUGAGCAUGGGUGGUCCUCUCCCGAGAAGGCCAAACACUCCUCCAGGAGCAGCCCCGCAGCCAAGGCCCGGGCCAGGUGGAAGCAGCAGCUCCUGGCUGAAGCCGCCCGCAAGGACUCUCAGAGCAUCGCCCGCUUCUGCCGGAGACUGGAGAGCACACCAGGCACCCUACCCACCCCUCUGAGCACCGAGGAGCCCUCUGGGGAGCGGCCCAGCACCCACCCACAUGGAGACCAGACACCCCCACAGGAGACCCAGAAUGGCAAGCGGCCCCGACCCCAGCAGGACAGCGCAGAGAGCCUGGCUCAGAAGCGGCCGUGCCCCUCGGCCCAGCCCUGUGUCUCCACUGAGGCCGUGGGCAGCAGCUCAGCAGGGGACCCAGAUGACAUGCACCCCGCAGCCCGAGAGCCCUCGCAGCUGCUAGCCCCCAGCAUCUCCCUGAAGGAGGCUGCCAGCACUGUGGUCAAGUGCCUCACCCCUUUCUACAAGCAGGGCAAGUUUGCCUCCAAGGAGCUGUUCAAGGGCUUCGCCCGCCACCUCUCACACCUGUUAACUCAGGAGGCCUCUCCGCAAGGGAAUGUGGCAGAGGCGGCCUGCAGCCUCAUCCGGCAGUUCUUCCACGGCCGCCACCGGUGCGAGAGCACCACGGACUGGCAGGGUCUGACCGGCCCUCGGCGGUGACGUCGCCCAGGCUACGCACCUCUCAGACUGUGGGCAGCAGACCACCGACCGCCAGGGGCUCGCCUCAUCUCAGGGUCCUUCCUGCCAAGCCUGCCACCUCCCUCUGUUGCAGGGCCUGGGGCCCUCUCUCCAUGAGCGCCCCACUCCCACCCCCUGGCCCGUAUGGCUGGGCUGUCUGGUGCCCGGGGCCAGGGAGAGGACCUGUGCUUAGUGCUUAGGUUUUAGCCAAGAGGUGGCAGGGAGGCCCUGCCUGCCCAAGGCAUCAGGGCUGCUCUAGAGAAGUGCCUGCUGGCUUCGGCCCCCACCCCCUCCCUGGUCUCCGGGUGGGGAACGGGCUGGGCCUUCCCUGCCCCUCCUGCCAGAAAGGCUUGGUGGCUCGGUGACUCAGGAUGUUUACAUGGGAAUAAAUACCUGUUUGUGCUGACA